AUGGAGUUUGAUGAUAAUACUCCCCAGGAAACUAUCGCUCGAGAGCGACUUCAGCAGGAUUUUCUUUCUUCGAUCACGUCUGAAAUAACGAGGUCCAAAAAGCUGAAGAAGAACAAAAAAGGGCUUGAAAGCUACCUUAAAGAUUCGUCCCUUGACAUCAACUUCCAAAUAGACGGCAUCUCACCCUUGGCCAAGGCGACAUCGCAAUGGAGAGUGCUCGAUAAACUCUUGCAGCACGAACGAAUCGACGUGAAUUUUUGCACCUCUGACGGCCGAACAAGCAUCUUUUCCGCCGUGCAAUGCCCACAAACCGAGUCAUUAAGUCUCUUAAUAAAUAAAGGAGCUCUUCUUGACCAGAGGGAUAAUGAAGGCCGUACUCCGCUGUCACUGGCGGCAGAGCUUGGGCGUCUCGACCACGUGAGAAUCCUUGUCGAAGCCAACGCGGAUAUUAAUUCGGUGGACUCAAAAAGCUGGACGCCUCUAUUUUGGGCACUUUGGAGACAGCAUCCCGAAACGGUGAAAUACCUCCUUUCGAAUCAAGACGUGGAUAGCGACUAUCAAGAUAUCAAGGGCCGGACACCUCUAGGGAUCGCUGCAGAGACUGGAAAUGCCGAAAGUAUAAGGUGCUUGAUCAGUGCUAAAGCAAAGGGUCGACGAGUAACUGGGGGUGAACGCGACCUCCUGCUGUGGGCAAUUUUUCAGCGAGAUGUAGCGAUGGUUGAGCUUUUACUCAAGGCUGACGAGAGUCUGGCGAAUCAUCGCGUGAAAGGUCGCACUCCACUGUCUAUGGCCACAGAGCGUGGAGAAAUUGGUAUAACCAAGCUUCUCAUCGCCGCAGGGGCGGAUGUACAUGCGCUAGAUGAAGUCAGGUGGCCGACUCUGAACAAGUGGCUAUUUGACACUUAUCUUCCACCUGAAGAAAUUCUGCUGGAAAUUGAGCACUUCUCUACCAGCCAUCACCCAACAAAACGACCUCCAUUAUCACUUGCAGCAGAAUUCGGAUAUGUCGACAUUUUACAGGUACUGCUUGAUGCCAAUGCAAAAGUCAAUUCGGUUGAUGCAGAAACGCGGACAGCGCUAGCAUGGGCUGUUGAAAAGGGACAUCACGAGGCAGUGAAGAUUUUACUGGGCGUCCCCGGGAUAUCUGUAGACUGUCGAGAUGCGACUGGUCGAACUCCGCUGAUCAUGGCAGCAAGUCUUGGUGAGCUCGACAUAUUCAAGCAAUUACUCAGUUCGAAUGCAGCCAUCGACUCGGAGGAUGAGCAGAAGUGGACAUCCCUCUCCUGGGCUGUUGCGAAUGGACAUGAGCCGAUAGUGAAGUUUCUCCUUAAAGAAACAGGAGUGAGUGUGAACUGUCAAGAUAGACAAGGUCGCACUCCCUUUUCGCUGGCUGCAGAGCGUGGAUUCAUUCAGAUCAUGCAUUUACUCAUCCAAAGAAGGGCAAAUAGGGCAAAAAGGGCAGAUCCCCAUGUCCCAGAUAACGAAGGACAUACAGGAUUUUGGUGGUUUCUCAAAGCAAGGAAUGAUUUAUCUAUCAAGUCUUCGAAUCCUUUGGUCCGGCCCCAGCUUGGUGGGACGAUGAAUCCUUCCGACCUCCCGUUAUUGAUCAAGGACCUAGAAUCCCCAAAUAAAAAAGAUCGAAGCGGGCGCAACUGGCUCUCCUGGGCAGCCGAGUACGGCGACGACGAAGUUGUGCGGUAUUUCCUAGACGAGGACUUGGUGGGUAAAGUGGACAUAAACAUCCGUGAUGGAAGCGAAGACCCAAUUUCGAGGACUCCAUUGAUUUGGGCGUUGGAGGGGGAACAUAAAGCUUCAGUUAAUUUGUUGAAAGACGGUGACACCAUCUCUUUGCAUUUAUUGGUCGAAGGUAUAAGUUCAAUCGAUCAAGAGAAGACAGUGGACAUGGUGCUCGACCUUCUUAUGACGGGCUAUGAUCCCAGCCAGCCUGACCAGAAAGGCAGAACUCCUCUGCACCUUGCAUGUCUUGGGGAAAACGAGGAGCUUGUUGCAGCUUUGAUCCUAUCCAAUGCAGAUCUGAGGUCCAGAGAUCAUACUGGCCAGACCCCAUUGCAGUAUGCUCUGAGAGCGCGAAGAAAGCAUAUCGUGGAUCUCAUGCUCAAUGCUCCAUUAAUAGAGCUCGAACCAGUUGCGUCAAAGGAAUGGUUCGCAUUGGGCGAUAAACAGCAUUCGUGGGUUCAAAUCACUAGAAGGGGCCAAAGCUGGGGUUUCGAGCUGCAGUUAGUCGAUGGACGGGAAUGCAACUGGUUGCCCAGAGCAAAAGACACAAGACUGUGUAUCUGCGAGCAAUCGUCAAUAUGGUCCGACUUACCGUGGAAGCUUGGUUUCCGUGAGGAGAUCAUCAAGGAGGGCUACUACUGGAACUAUGCUCAGAAAGAUUUUGGGUAUCGGUCGGUUACCUAUAUUUCACUGAACUUCCCAAAUAAGCAAGGGAAAUGCGGUGAUGCAUGGGGAAUCGCCUGGUGUAGCAAGACGACAGCAGAAGGGCUCGCUUAUGGAUUUAUCAGCAUGCUUCCACGCGGCGGGGUCCCUCAUGAGCCUUCGGACUUUUUCAGACUGUUUCUUGAGACUCUACACCAGGAGUGGAAAGCAAAAUGUUCUAAUGCAAACACAAGGGUCGAGCUGCUGCGGCAUGAUCAAGUCAAAAAGCGUGGUAGAAGUUACGGCCUAGUCGAUGAGCUUGCUCAGGAUGCUCUAGAGCGUGCAGAGCUGCGGCGAUGCUUGCGAUGUCACAUUGAGGGACUCCUCGAAGCGGUUACUACUAAUGUUUCACUUGAAAUAGAUGGUAAACUGCGGCUUAGAGAAGUGGUCAACAAUAUUGACCAGGCCGUGACCGCAAAGCUUGACCAUCUGGAACAGGCUGCACGAGAUCUCUUACAGAUUGAGCUUGCAUGGGUCUCUACAAACGAAGCGGCAAGUUUAAAGCGUCUGAGCUGGAUUAAUUUCAUUUUUCUGCCGCUGAUGUUUGUUUCAAGCCUGUUUGGCAUGAACGUGAACCUGCUCCAAGAUAAUCCGGAUUGGAGGUGGGUUAUAUUAUUUGGGUUUAUGUCGCUUGUUACCACCGGCAUUUUAUGGUUGAUCUCCAAGUGUAUUCCUGUUCGUGCCUCCGAUCGUAUCAUUCUAGGUUAUAACACAGCAGAAAAACUGACAUCCACACUUUAG